CCUACCUACAAUGGAGGUGGCUGCCCACCUAUGUGCCGUUACUUGUAUGCCAGAUAUGGGCUUGCCAAGGUGACAUACUUCGAGGAAAAGAAGCUGUGGUAGACAUUGGUGUGCGUAAAAGGGAUGCCCACCCUCUAGCAUGAGCCUGUUUCUAGCUGGAUAUUGGAGGACACCAAUAGGUUCCUUCUCCCCCAUAUUAAAUCACGUGAGUAGUAUGCGGAGGAUUCGCUCGCCGGUUAUCGACCCGGCGAUAAACGCGCCGACGACUUUCCCGCCUGAUAACGCCACCCUUGACCAUUUCGCAGUUCUUAUCGUCAAGCUCGUCCUCUCCCAGUCACUCUUUCACAGAAGAAAUGGUGACGGAGGAACAGUCGGCUCCGCCACCCGAACGCGGGAUGAGCACGCCAGGCGAUCUCAAGCGGAAUCCGCUAACCCCAGAGCAAUUGCGGAGAAUAGAAAACAAUCGCCAGAAAGCCAUAGCAAUACGAGAACAACGCGAAGCCGAACAAGCUCGAGCACACAAUGCUGAUCCUUCGUCCACCAAAGGUGUCAAGCGAACCUACUCCUCCAUGACUGCCUCCGAUCCUCCGGCGACUCUGCGCGAUGCGGCCUCUACAGAUAAUCGCCCACUAGAUGGCAUCAAGCCGGCGCGCAACUUUACCAAGUUCGUUGAAUACGACUUCUCCAAGAUCACCGACACGAAGGGUGGGUUCUUGACUGAAGAGGAUGACCGCUACAACAAAGCCCUUCAUGUUCGGGAUGAGAAGGCGGAGCAGAAGCCAGCGCACAUGACGCAGAAGGAAUGGGAGCGACAACAGCUGCUAAAGAAUCUCCAUCGAGAUCGUGCAGGACCCUUCGAACCGGGGCUCAGUGUGUUGGAUGAGCGGACACGACAGAAAACGUGCCGAGAGUGUGGCAGCUUAGAAAUCGACUGGAAAUGGGAAGAAGCGCUCCGGUGCUGUGUCUGCCAUGCUUGCAAGGAUAAAUUUCCGGAGAAAUACAGUCUACUUACCAAGACCGAGGCACGAGAGGAUUACCUCUUGACCAAUCCCGAACUUCAGGAUGAGGAACUCCUCCCACACCUGGAGCGCCCGAAUCCGCAUAAAUCAACGUGGAAUAACAUGAUGCUGUACCUACGGUAUCAGGUCGAAGAGUACGCCUUUUCCGCCAAGAAAUGGGGCUCACCCGAAGCCUUGGACGCGGAGUUUGAGCGACGCGAGAAUGAGAAGAAGCGCCGGCGGGAGGUCAAAUUCAAGAGCAAACUUGAAGACCUCAAGAAGCGUACACGAGUCGACGCAUACCGACGAAGCCGGCAAGGAGCGACCGGGGGUAAUUUUGGGGAUGACUUGGGGGGUGGUGGACGACAUGUACAUCAGUGGGGAAGAUCGGUCGAAGAUCCCAAGACGGGGAUUGGGGUCAAGAAAUGCGUUGACUGCGGGAUGGAAGUCGAAGAACUCGAGUUUUAAAAUCAUCAAUGAACACCUUCCUGUACAUACAAAGUCGUCGCAUUGUCCUGUCAUUCUGCACUUAUCCGAGACUCCGAGUGUACGUCGACUCGGUUGCCAAUUCCUGCCUCAGGUAGAUACCGCAAAGCGCCAAGCGACCUGGCUCCGCGUAUUCUUACCGAACAGGCCCUCCGUAAUCUAAGUACUCUACUAAUAUUUGGGGGGUAUCAUCGAUAAUUUUCCACAAUG